CUUGCUUUCUCUCCACCACCAUCCUUCCCAACACACUCCCGUCAUGGCUGCGCUGCCACGUCUCGCCGCACGGCCAGCAGCCUCGCUGCGCCCAGGCAUGCCGUCUGCGCGCUCCGCCGGCGUUGCAGCUGCUGCUGCCUCCUCCUCCUCCUCCUCCUCCUCCUCCUCUCGUCGCCUCCACUGCAGCGCCCUCGCCUCGUCCAGCCAGCGCUCCAGCAGCAGCAGCAGCAGCAGCAGCAGCAGCAGCAGCAGCACCGCACCUGAGCCCAUCUCUCUCCUGCACAAAGUCCUGCUCGGCACCGGCGCCGCCGUCGCCUCGCUGCACAACCCGGCGCGCGGCGACAUGAUCGCCCUGCUCUCCGAGCUCAGCGGCGAGCCCGUGCUGCCGGCGCUGCGCGACGCCAUGCUCGCCUCGCCCGAGGGACGCCGCGUGCUGCUGCAGCGCCCGCAGAUUCACACAAAGAGCGUCGACAUGGCCUAUCUUAGAGGCCUGCAGGAGGGCACGUUUGGCAAGGAAUAUACCCGCUGGCUCGACUGGAACAAUGUGGGCCCGGACACGCGCGCCGAAGUGCUUCACGUCAACGACGAGACGCUGCGCUACGUCAUGACGCGCAACCGACAGGCGCACGACAUGCACCACGUGUUGUGUCUCAUGCCCGUGUCGCAUCUCGGCGAGACGGUCGUCAAGAUUUUCGAGGCGGCGCACUUUGGCCUGCCGGUCUCCUACCUCUCCUCGCUCGCCGGUCCGCUGCGCCUGAGCGCCGCCGAGCGCGCCCAGCUCUUCGGCGGCGCCGGCGGCGGACUGGCGGGCUGGGCAUGGCGAGAGGGCAGGCGCGUCAAGCCGCUGAUUGGCGUGUACUGGGAGGAGCGAUGGGAGCAAAACUUCGAUGAGAUGCGCGCGGAACUCGGCUUCGAGGAGCCUUUGCCCAGCCGCAGCCAGCGCAGCAUCGUCAGAGCAGCAGCACACUCCCGCAGCGCAAUGACAAGCAGCAUGUUCGCGCAACGGCUAGUACGCAAGAGGGAAAGAGGCAAGUAGGGCACAUGUGGGUCAAGAUCGAAGCGGGUCAUCGUGACAAGAAAGUGUGAACCAUGUGUGAGCAGGUGAAGCGUGUGGGAGAGGGAG